AUGACUGAACUCGACAAGGAAAAAAAAGAAAUUCAUCCAUGUUUCGUACUCACAUUGCCAACCCCUUCCAACAUCACCAACGAUCAUCAAGUGAAUGGAUUUGAAGAAACCAUCCGUGCCAUUCAGAGAAAAUUACAAAAUGAAACAUGGCAGGAUGAAGAUCAAACUUUAGGAAGACCUUUAUCGGGUGGAUCUAAUGUGAUCAUGAUUGUCAGUUCCGCUAACAAUACUCUCACUAUUUAUGAUUGUUAUAAUAUUUCUAUCAAACAAAUAUUGGCUGCCGAAGAACGCACACUUUUUUUAACAACAGAAGGAGAAGUAUAUUGUUGUUCAGCUGCUGGAAAACCUUUUCAAAAACUUGACAUUGCUGACCCAAUCGAGAUGAUAUCGUCACGCCGCCAAUUAUUACUUGUGACUAAAGACAAGAGAGUUUAUUUCAACGAAUCUUACGAUAUGGCAUUGGAUAAACUUGUAAAGUGGCAUGACAUCGAUUAUCCUUGGCCAAAAGAUCAAGAAUAUCCAGUCGAUGUAUCAGCAGGUUCAACACACAUACUAAUUCUUACUAAUGUUGGAAAUGUUUAUGGCUUUGGGCAAAAUUAUGGUCAAUUAGGAUUUGCUUAUGGUGGCGUUGCUUAUGCGAAUGUUUGGCGAAAAUCUGAAACAUCACAUAUUACUGGAAAAAUUAUUAGGGUCUUCACAACCUAUAAUACGAGUUUUAUUUUGACGAAUGAAGGAAAGUUAUAUACUUGUGGCGACCGAUCGUAUGGUGCUUCUGGCUUGCCCAAUGACACAAACACUCCAACUCAUUAUUGGACUCUUGUUCCCAAACUUGAAACCGAAUUUGUGACAGAUGUGAGGACUGGAUUGUUUUUUGUUGCGGUUUUAUGCAAGUCAUCGAAUGUUUACAUUUUUGGAUAUUUUAAUUUCUAUCAAUUUGGUAGAAUUGCUUCAACAAAUGCAGGUGUAAACAGUACUCCCAUGCUCUUGGAUACUUUUGAUCAAACAAAUAUUGAAGAUAUUGCUUGUGGAGGCUACAAUUCUAUGAUUUUGACAAAAAACAAAGAGGUGUACGUGGGUGGUGUGGGUAGAAAUGCUCUCAACCCAAACAACUCUGGUGAAUAUUCCAAGUUAGAAUGGGCUCAGAUUUUAAAACAAGUUUACACAGGAUGUACUUUUAGCAAUUCCAACGUUUCCAUGCAUAUGGGAAACACCUUUUACGCCUUGCACAUUUCCAAAAACACAUCUGUUUUGAGAUUUUUCAAUUUUAGAAAUAUUUGGAAAGUGGCAGAUGUUAUAUUUCAGUUUGAAUAG